AUGUCAUCAUCAUAUCAAUCUACCGCCAAUCGAUUGCUUUCUCUUCUUCCUCCGCCUGAGUGGUUCUUUCACUUUCGUCUUCUCCAAUUGAUGCUCGAUCGCGAGAGUCAUGCCUACAUUUUCUGCUGCCGCUUUGGAUAGAUCACUAAAUUCAGGGGCUUCCGUAUCUCGUAAAUUUCCAAGCACAUUGCAUUCAAAGCCACUCAUUUUGAAUGAUGAAAGUAAGCAACCUAAAGAAAAGACAUUUACUCGUCCUCAGAUGUCACCUUCUCUAUAUGCCACUCCUAAAGAAAUUCCUCGUCCCAAUUCGCCAUCUUCCUAUCCUCCAUCGCCCUAUAUCAUCAAUCACAAAGCACGCGGACCAGUUCUUUUCAAAAGGGACUCUGACGUGGAUGAGCCUUCUCACCCGAAAACCCUUGGUGAGGAAAAGAUUCGUGGUAAUGCAGUGGAUCACGCCCAAGGUAUCCCUGAACGUCCUGUUUGGGAUUGCAGCCCUCCUCAUGGGAAAUUUUGGAAUGAGAAGUCGGGAAGAGAUAUCAGCAACGGUGGGAUUGGAAGUAAUAAUGCUACCAGUACUUUAGAAUGGAAAAGUUAUUUGUUGGAGCCGGUAAGAAUAAGAGCAGACAAGGAGCUUGAGUCUGAAAAUUUCUAUAACUCAGGUGAAUCAGUAAGCUUCACAAGUAACACAGAGGUAGAAGAAUUUGGAGGAGCUGAAAGCUCACAUAAAUUUUCUUCACAUGUUGGAGAGUUUUAUGAUGCUUGCGAUGAACUAUCCACCGACAGUGGAAUGCAGAGUUCAGGUAACAACAUUGAAUCUGAGCUGAGGGAGAUGAGGUUGGGUUUACUAAUGGAAAUCGAGAGGAGGAGGCAGGCAGAGGAGACUCUAGAGCAAAUGCAAGUUCAUUGGCGGAGGCUCCGUGACCAGUUGGCCGAUGUGGGUAUGUUCCUUCCUCUUGAUCCCACCAGCAGCCAAUACAGCAUGAACCUAGCAGAUGAGCUACGUUGUCAACUUGAGGUCACCAGGUUUGUCUCUGACUCACUAGGCAGUGACUUGGCCAAGGCAGAGGUAGAGAUGGAGAUGGAAGCUGAGCUCGAAGCUAAGAACUUUGAAAUCACUCGGUUGUCUGACCGUCUUCAUUAUUAUGAAACCGUGAACCAGGAAAUGUCCCAGCGCAACCAAGAGGCUAUAGAGGUGGCAAGGCGAGACGGUCAAAAGAGAAAGAGGAGGCAGAGGUGGAUUUGGGGAUCAAUUGUUGCAACCAUCACGCUCGGGAGUGGAGUCUUGGCUUGGUCGUACCUUCCUCCUGGAAUUUUAUCAUCGGAUGAGGCUCAACCUCAGCCUGAGAGCUAUCAAUUUGAAAAACCAAGUCCAGCAAUGGCGGUCUCUCCGCAUAUUUCGCCUACUCUUUCCCGCUACAAAUUCUUCUCUACUUCUGUUGUUGAAAACCCUAAUUUCUCUCCGUAUCGAAUCUAUAGUCGGCGGAGAGUUACCAAAUCGCAUCUCCAGGCGCACAACAGUACCACUAGCUAUGGCCGGACGGAACUCUCCUCCUCGAAGAAGCUAUGGAUUAGGCAACGAAGUUCCAGCGAAAUGGAGGUUGAGCAAGCACAAUUAGAGGAAGAUGAAGAACAAGAGGAGAUAGAUAUCGUUGACGAGGCCAGUCUCCUUUCCCUGUGCAUGAAACCGGACAGAAACAUGGCGUUGCUCGACGAUUAUGAGAUGGAGGAGCUUGGACACACGCCUGAUACUCAUCACCGCAGCGGAUAUGUGGCGGUGGUGGGGAUGCCCAACGUCGGGAAAAGCACGCUUUCGAACCAAAUGAUUGGUCAGAAAAUAUCGAUUGUUACAGAUAAACCUCAAACGACGAGGCAUCGGAUUCUUGGUAUAUGUUCUAGCCCUGAAUAUCAGAUGAUACUUUAUGACACUCCUGGUGUAAUUGAGAAGAAGAUGCACAGGUUAGAUACAAUGAUGAUGAAGAAUGUCAGAGAUGCUGCCAUCAAUGCGGAUUGCGUAGUUAUUCUUGUUGAUGCUUGUAAAACUCCUACUAAUAUAGAAGAAGUUUUGAAAGAAGGUUUGGGAGACCUCGAGAAAAAGCCACCCAUGUUGCUUGUUAUGAAUAAGAAAGAUCUGAUCAAACCUGGUGAGAUUGCCAAGAAACUGGAGUGGUAUGAAAAAUUCACAGAUGUUGAUGAAGUUAUACCUGUAAGUGCAAAGUAUGGACAUGGAAUAGAGGAUGUCAAAGAGUGGAUAUUAUCUAAACUUCCCUUCGGGCCUCCAUAUUAUCCAAAGGAUAUUGUGAGCGAGCACCCAGAGAGAUUCUUUGUUUCUGAGAUUGUGAGAGAGAAGAUAUUUAUGCAGUACCGAAAUGAAGUUCCAUAUGCAUGUCAGGUAAACGUGCUGAGCUACAAAACUAGACCAGCUGCAAAAGAUUUUAUUCAAGUGGAAGUAGUAGUGGAUAAAAAUUCUCAGAAGAUCAUCCUUAUAGGAAAGGAAGGAAAGGCUCUAAAAACACUAGCGACGGCUGCUCGGCUCGACAUUGAAGAUUUCCUUCAGAAGAAAGUCUUCCUCGAGGUGGAAGUGAAAGUGAAAGAGAACUGGAGACAAGACGAGGGGCUUCUCAAGUACUACGGCUAUGGAGGACAGAUCCGAGCUAUCUGUUGGGAGCUAGGAGCAGAUGCGUUAUCGAGCGGUGGGUUCGUGAGGACAAAAGGUGUUCAGUUUAGUCUCAAUGGCUAUCCUUAUUACGCUAAUGGCUUCAAUGCCUACUGGCUCAUGUACGUUGCCUCUGAUCCAUCCCAAAGGUCUAAGAUCUCCACCGCUUUCCAAGAUGCCUCUCGCCAUGGAUUGACCGUUGCUCGAACCUGGGCUUUCAGCGAUGGCGGUUACAGGGCUCUUCAGUAUUCUCCUGGCUCCUACAACGAGGAUAUGUUUCAGGGUUUGGAUUUUGCGAUAGCUGAAGCAAGAAGGCAUGGUAUAAAGAUAAUACUCAGCUUUGCCAACAACUACGAGAGCUUCGGAGGGAGGAAGCAAUAUGUGGAUUGGGCUCGAAGCAGAGGCCGUCCCAUCUCUUCUGAAGACGACUUCUUCACAGACUCUCUUGUUAAAGAUUUCUACAAGAACCAUAUCAAGGCUGUGCUGAACAGAUUCAAUACCUUCACCAAAGUUCAUUACAAAGAUGACCCAACCAUUAUGGCUUGGGAGCUCAUGAACGAGCCCCGUUGCCCCUCAGAUCCUUCCGGAAGAACCAUUCAGGCUUGGAUUACUGAAAUGGCUGCUCAUGUGAAAUCGCUAGACAGAAACCAUCUGCUUGAAGCUGGCCUCGAAGGUUUCUAUGGUCAGUCUUCACCUCAAAGCAAGACUCUAAACCCACCUGGCCAGUUUGGAACUGAUUUUAUCGCCAAUAACCGCAUCCCCGGCAUUGAUUUCGUUACGGUUCACUCUUACCCUGAUGAAUGGUUUCCAGACUCAAGCGAGCAAUCCCAAAUGGAUUUCUUGAACAAAUGGCUGGACGCUCAUAUCCAAGACGCACAGAACGUUCUUCACAAACCCAUAAUCUUAGCAGAGUUUGGUAAAUCAAUGAAGAAACCAGGUUAUACCCCAGCACAGAGAGACAUUGUCUUCAACACCGUGUACAGCAAGAUUUACGGGUCUGCAAAACGAGGUGGUGCAGCAGCAGGAGGAUUGUUCUGGCAACUUCUGGUAAAUGGAAUUGAUAAUUUUCAAGAUGGCUAUGGGAUCAUACUUAGCCAAAGCUCGUCCACGGUUAACGUCAUUUCACAGCAAUCGCGGAAGUUAACUUUGAUUCGGAAAAUCUUCGCUAGGAUGAUCAAUGUGGAGAAAUGGAAGAGGGCGAGAGGCCAGGGACAAGUAAGAAAACGAGCUGCGUCGAUUUCAUUGCUCGAGAAACCGGUCGAGAACAUUGUCCGUAUCUCGAAUCAGGUGUUCACAUUUGAUCCCAACUCUCAGCUUCGACAUCUCAUCAAUGCCGGGAAUUUGCGAGCUGCUCGCCACCUGUUUGAUCAAAUGCCUCACAGAGAUAUUGUUUCAUGGACAGCCAUCAUUAACGGAUACGUAACUGCAGCUAAAUCUAUCGAAGCACUGAAUUUGUUCUCCGCAAUGCUUGUUGAUCCUGCCGUCUCACCCGAUACCUCUGUUCUAAGUGUUGCACUCAAGGCUUGUGGUCAAAGUUCCAACAUUGGGUACGGAGAAUCUUUACAUGCUUAUGCAUUUAAAACUUCGCUACUGACCUCUGUCUUCGUGGGAACUAGUUUACUGAAUAUGUACAUGAGAAUUGGAAAGAUCGACAAGGGUUGCAGAAUUUUUACUGAAAUGCAAUUUAGAAAUACGGUAACAUGGACAGCAAUCGUAUCUGGGAUGGUUGAAGCUGGUCGUCACAAGGAAGGACUUGCAUACUUUUCCAAGAUGUCGAGAUCGAAUGGACUAUCUGAUGAUUUUGCAUUUGCUACUGCCUUGAAGGCUUGUGCUCGUUUGCGCCAAGUUAAAUACGGUAAGGAGAUUCACACUCACGUGAUAGUGAGAGGCUUUGAUGCAUCUCUCUGUGUGGUUAACUCGCUCAUUAAUAUGUACACUGAAUGCGGAGAAAUGCAUGACGGAGUUCGUUUGUUUGAAAGUAUGAGUGAGAGGGAUGUGUUUUCGUGGACAACCCUUAUUGAUGCUUACAGCCAAAUGGGUCAAGAAGAAAAAGCUGUGGCCACAUUUCUAAAGAUGAGAAAUUCCGCCGUACCUCCCAAUGGACAUACUUUUGCGACGAUGUUUUCUGUGUGUACGAGUCUUUCUAGACUUGUGUGGGGCAAGCAGCUCCACGGUAAUGUUUUCUCUCUAGGUCUAGGUGAUUCUUUGUCAGUGAGUAACUCCAUGAUGAAGAUGUAUUCAACAUGUGGCAAGUUAGACUCUGCUUCUGUUUUGUUUCAAGGAAUGAGACACAGGGACAUUAUUUCGUGGAGCACGAUUAUUGGAGGGUACUCUCAGUCAGGAUUAGGAGAAGAAGUUUUCAUGUAUUUCUCAUGGAUGAGACAAGCAGGGGCAAAACCAACGGAUCCUGCUCUAGCUAGUUUGCUGAGUGUUUCAGGAACCAUGGCAGUUCUUGAGCAAGGCAGGCAAGUUCACGCACUUGCUCUUUAUCUUGGUUUAGAACAGAACUCUACUAUUCGUAGUGCUCUGAUUAAUAUGUACUCGAAAUGUGGAAGUAUCGAAGAAGCUUCAAAGAUAUUGGAAGAAACAGAUACAGAUGAUGUUGUUUCUUUGACAGCUAUGAUCAAUGGAUAUGCAGAACAUGGAAAUACCAAAGAAGCCAUUGAUCUGUUUGAGAAAAGUCUAAAGGUUGGUCUCAGGCCCGACUCUGUAACUUUCAUUAGCGUUCUCACCGCCUGUAGUCAUUCGGGACAGCUUGACCUCGGUUUUCACUAUUUCAACUUGAUGCAAGACAAGUAUAAUAUGAGACCAGUCAAGGAACAUUAUGGAUGUAUGGUUGAUCUUCUGUGUAGAGCAGGACGGCUAAGUGAUGCAGAGAAGAUGAUCAAUGAGAUGCCAUGGAAGGAGGACGAUGUAGUAUGGACCACACUUCUCAAUGCCUGUAAGGCCAAAGGAGACACUGAACGUGGAAGAAGGGCGGCUGAGAGGAUUCUAGAGCUGGAUCCUACUUCUGAAACUGCAUUUGUAACACUAGCCAAUAUAUAUUCAAGCACAGGGAAAUUGGAAGAAGCAGCGCAUGUAAGGAAAGAGAUGAAAUCAAAAGGCGUGAUCAAAGUGCCCGGAUGGUCAUCAAUUAAGAUCAUGGAUCGGGACUCAACGUUUGUAUCUGGCAGUCGGUCCCAUUCACAAAGUGAAGAUAUAUACAGUAUAUUGGAAUUAGUAGUAUCUGGUGCAGAAGCUCAUAGAUUCGAUUGUCAAAUAAAUGGAGCUUUUGGCUUUUAUUCAUAUUCAUGAUUCUUAACUCUAACAUGUUCAAACAAUCUUGGCCCUUCAUACAAUAGCACAAGUCGUAACACUGAAUGUUAAUAUAGCUCAAUCAAUAUG